CUAAGUUCUAUGGUUAACGCGCGUAGUUUCUGUUUUGAAAGUUUCCCCGGGAAAAGUAUCAAUGAGUAGUACUUGUCAGUUUUGAUUUAGGAUUAUGAGAUUAAUAUUAUUUAACUUUAGAAUUGACCUAUAAGAGCUUUGAACCUAAACAUUAUGAUGUUAGAUGGAUUAUUGUUCGUGAUGUGAAUUCCAUCUUAAUCUGGAUAGAAAGUAGAAUAAGCGUUGGUUAGAUUAACAGAGGAAGGUUUUAAAUAAACAAGGUUAGAUAUGGAACUUAGACAACUGGAUGAAUAUGGUGAACAGUCACCAGAAAUGAGCUUGGCUGUAAAACUAGCUUUUAACAGAGUUUGUUCAUUAAUAUACAGCUUGAAAAAUGAUAUCGGUGAGGAGGCAGCUUCAUACCAGUUACUGAGGAUUCGUAAUGAUGUGGAUAAGGUUUUAAAAGAGAGAGAGAAUAGAGAGGCAUUGAAGGAGAAUAGGUUCCCACAAUUCAGUGAACUUGACUCCUCUAGUACAACAGUAAAAAUUAAAGAAACCCAUAACUUCAUUUCACAACCUAAUAUUUCUGGAAGAAGGGAAUGUCUACAACCUCAUAAUGGCAAUUUAUCAUAUUUUAGUGCUAAAAAUGACUUAAUCAAUGCGCAUUCCUUUUCCAAUAGAUUAGAAGAAAACAGAGAAUCAGCUACUAAAUAUCAUCAACAAAACAAUGGUAUUGCAUCAUUUUUCAGUUCUAAAAAUGAUGACUUAUGUACAAGUUUUUCUUCCAGUUUUAGACCCAUGGUCAGGACCACAUCAGAUGCAGAAAAUUGUGUAUCUUUGGGAACAAUUGUUGAAGAAAGUAGGUUUGAGAUAGAUGAAUCGAUAAAUGAAUCAGGUGCAGAGAGUUGUUCAGAGGAACAAGUUAAUGAGGAAAACUCCUUUUUCUUUUUAAAAUCUUGGUCUGUCCAAUUGAAAGACAAUGAAAUUGUACUGACAGGGAUUAAAAUGAGCGAGAAAGGAGAAAUUCUGGUGAAAAAUUUUGUUUCUGAAAAGGUUAUUGCAAGAAAGCAAAGAGAUACAGUAAAAACUUUAGAUGGUGAAUUUGUGCUGCAUGGAAAUCUGUUAGAUAAAAAUAAAGUAAUUCCUGUUGAGGUGAAAAAUCAGUAUUUUGAGAACGAUCCUUUUCCAAGACACUGGAGGCAGGCACUAAAGCUGUGGAUUGAACUUGAAGAUAAAAAAAAGAAGGAAGAGAAGUCAAAGAAAAGAAUAUCUCCUCAAAAGAAAAUAUCACCACAAAAGAAAAUGAAAGAAGAAAAGUUAAAAAAGAGAAUAACUCCACAAAAGAAAAUAUCACCCCAGAAAAAAAUGAAAGAAGAUAAGUUAAAGAAGAAAGUAUCUCCACAGAAGAAAAUAUCUCCCCAGAAAAAAAUAUCUCCACAAAAGAAAAUAUCUCCCCUGAAGAAAACGAAAAAUGAUACUAUCAGGAAGAGGAGCAUUUCCCCAAAAAAGAAAAUUAAGGAUGUCGGCAAAAGGAAGACCAGCCCUCCUAAAAAGAUGCAAAAUAAGAAAACAAAUGAUAAGUCAAAGCGAAAUCCAAAGAAAAAUGAGCAAGCCUUUCAGAAUCAUAAUAAUCAUGACACAGAAAAAAAUGGAGCCAACAGAAAUUUAGAAAAUGGAGGUCAAGAUGAACGCGGACCUUUUUCAGAAUUAUUGGGAGAUGAAUCUUUAAUGCUUUUUCCAUCAUCAUCCUCAUUAACGCCUAAUGGACUCCUAGGUUCUAUCAAGAAGAACGUAAUUAAAGGACGUUACACUCCUCCCACUUCGAUGUUCGACAAUGUUUAUGGGACUAAAAAUGAUAAUAAUUCAUCUGUAAACACUUCUUUUGAUGAUAUUGGGGUGAAGAACAAUCACGUUGUAAAGAGAAUGUGUAAGGUGAACAAAAAACCUAAAGCAAGACAAAAUAAUAAGAGUCCCAAACAUAAGCAUAUAAUGGAAGAGGAUGAAGCAAUAAAUGAAAUUCUUAGAGCAGCAAAAUCCAAAACGAAUACCACUCCUUCUAUUAUGAAACAGGUUUUCAGUACAGAAAGAGCUGAAGGCUCAGUUAACUCCUCUGAUCUAUCAGAUAUUGAGGUCGAGUGACAAACAACCAAAUUCUUAUGAAUCAGUUACUUUUAAUUAACACUUUAAUAUAUGUAAGUUUUCAAAGUAUUUUAUACAUUUGCUAUCAUAAUUGAUAGCAUCUAACUAUGAAUGUCAUAUAAGUCCUGAAAAAUGAAAGUGGACAAUAAACCAAAAUGCAAUUAUGGCAUUAAAGCUUUUAAUUUAUUGAUAAGAAUUUGAAGAGUGUGGUUAUUGCUAUCUUAAUUAUUAAAAAAUAUUAGAUGUAUAUUUUUUGUUUUAGUAGUAAAAUAAAUUUUAUUUUAUAUAACAGUAAAAAGCAUAUUUAAUAUGAAAUUUGGCCUUGGGUUAUUAAAGUUUAAAGUUUUUGAGAUUAGAAAAACAUUUCAAAACUUUAAAAAAAUCUUGAUUUGAUAUUUCAACGUUUAACCACAGAACUGAU